CUUCUAAGUAUUUUUGUCACUUUGAUGGACACUAGUGAAUCUUGGAUUUGUGCUUCAGUUUUAUCAGAUAUGAUUUUUUUAAGAAUAUUACCGGCGAAUCCCUAAAGUUGAUGAUUCUCUAAAGAACAAUAUUAAUGUUACAUUAUUUUAUAGUUAGAGUACUCUUUAUUUGUGUGUCUGAUCAAUGUGUAAGGGUAAAAUCCAUCGUGUCUAUUUGAGGUUUUAGAAUCACAUAUUUGUGAUCAUAUAUUGUGUUUUUAAUUGUAAUGCUCUGAUAUAUUGCUUGUGAUCAAGUGAAAAGAUGGAUAUUGAUGUCAGUAAGGAGAAUAUUCAGCCUCUUAGAGGCGGUAGAAAUCUCGUGCAGCUGGGAACUGCACUGCAAGCUCAAUCAGAUGUUGAUGCCCAGAGGCAGCUUCAAUUGCAAAAAGAGGAACAUGAAACAGCUAUUAGACAAUAUCAAGGCCCUGAUCCCUUAGAUCCUUGGUUUAAUUACAUCCAAUGGGUGGAGCAGUCUUUUCCCAAACAUGGUCAUGAAGGCAACAUUGAUAAAUUAAUAAGGGACUGUUUGCAGUUAUUUGAAAAAGAUGAAAGAUAUUUUCAAGACCGGAGAUUUGUUAAAUUGUGGAUUAAAUAUGUUGACUGUCUCUCAAAUCCACUUGAAAUAUAUCAACGGUUAUACAAUACUGGGGUUGGUGUAGAAUGCUCAGAGUUUUACCGAGCUUGGGCCUGCUACUGUGAGGAGUCUGGAGACUAUAAGAAAGCAAACCAAGUGUAUAUGAUGGGACUUCAGGCAAAGGCACAACCAUUAGAUGAGCUUGAACAAGCCCAUAUGAACUUCCAACUGUUUUUUGCUCAAAGAAUGUUACAUGAUGAUUCACCUACUAAAAGGAAGGCAGCCUCAGCUUUGGCUGAGACCAGAUCGGCUUUGACAUCCUUAAAAUCUUUUAAAAGACGGAAUAUAGCCAAUGUACCAGUACAAAGAGUUGGAGAAAGUAUAAAAAAUGUUGUGCCAGGUGUUGUAAGACAACAAGCUGUUGAAAAUAGAGUACCUAAUUCUAAUAUCAUGGUCAACAUUUAUGAGGAUGCCCCUUCAACUUCAAGAGGAAUGAUUCACGUUGCAGAAGAUCCGGGGCCAGCAUCACUCGUGCAAGCCUGCAGUAAUGUUGAGAAUCAGAAAGAAGUUGGUAUAUGGACUAAUCCAAAGACCAAGAUGAUUCAUUCUAAUAUUGUGCCGCAUCAGCCGUUACCUUUUACGCCAUAUGAGGAUGAUAACGAAGAAUUAAAACUUUCUGGGAACCAUUUGCCUUAUUGUCUCGACGAUCUGACGUUUAAUGUGCCGCUCUCUGUACCUGACCCAGCAGACCCAACGAAAAUACCCUGUUAUAAUAAAAUACAGGUAUAUGUUAAUGACAAAGAGUACAGUUUAGAAGAGAUCAGAGCUAGAAAAUACAAUGUAAUGAAAAAGGAGGUCAAAACAGAAGAGGUUGAAAUAAAGGAAGGGUAUAAGAGUAUUAAUGAGAACUUUGCACAAUGCAGUGCUUUAGAAACACUCGCUAACUGCGCUCUGGACGCAGAACACGACCAUAUGGCACAACUAAUGCCUAUGACGAUGCCCACUCUACAGAACGUAACUAAAGUUACGAACAUGCACUCUCCGGGCGAACCUAAAUUAUUAGUUAAUCUAGACUCGAAAGAAGUUAGCAUUAAGAAAAAUGACGAAAAUGAAAGGAGCGUUAUCGUUGACAAAGAAAAUCAAAUGGCACCGCAAGCCAAUAUGUAUGCUGAUAACGGUUAUGGGAAAAACAAUCUGAUGGAAGAGUUCAAUAGAAGCUUAAUGAGUAACCUUCUCGGGGAUUCCGUUACUGUGAAUACUAAGGAAGCUCGAUGGGAGCUGAGAAAUAUAUUUAACGGUGACGGUAAUGCAGCAGAGCCGUCUAUGGUACAGCCAGUAGCAGUUCAACAAUUCGAGGUGCCUAAAUUCGACAUACACGAAGAUCGUUCCAUGACAAUGGCCAUCAACGUCAAGAAAAGUUAUGAAGUGGAUGCCAGAAAUUUCCCUGAGGACAAAGAAAAUGCAAAUAAAUUUAAUGCUCCUCCCGUCGUAGCCACGCAACAGGUGAACAAGACUGCUUAUUACGAUGAACCUUCCUGCACACAAGUGUUUAAUUUCAACAUCAAAGACGCUAGCACCCCAAAUAUGUCACAGUUCAAAAAACCCACGAGCAUCGAUCAGUCCAGUAAAUAUGCAUCUGUGCCGAAGUUUGUGUUGGACGAGAGUGUGGCGGACGCGGCUGAGCUCGGCGGUCGCGACGCGCGUCCGCUCGAGCCGCUUGCCGCCGACGCGCAGGGCGCGGGGCUGUCCGUUAUAAUGGAAGCCACGCGCGAGUACAAUAGUAAAUCAGGCUCUAGCUCAUCGGGACAAUCAACGAGAACAAAUUUCACAGGAUACACUACCAAUUACGACUCUAUGUAUAAUAAUCAAAACGAUCCAAACCUGCAAAACACUGCCCCUAAAAGAAAUUCAAUUUCAACUCAAUCGAGACUUCCCAAUGGACAAUUCGCUAGAAAUUAUCAGCCGAAACGAGAUCAAGUAGAAAAUAAAGGGGCGCUCCCGCCUUCCUCGGCGCCUUACCAUUCUCACGAUCAUCAGUAUCAGAAACCUCUUCCGCAGAACUACAGCGGAUAUUCACCACAAAGAUCUAUCCACCCUCAUUACCAACAGGGUUACAAUUACCAACAACCUUAUCAUAACAGCCAUUUAAUGAAUCAACCACAAGCUCAAGGUUUCGGGAGCCCAAACCCGAACGCCUAUCACAGUCCCCAACACCCUGGUGUACAAAACACCCACGAUAUGAAUCCAUCGGUCCCGGUGGGGUUUCAAAGCCCCACCUACCCGAACCAAAUGGUAUACCAGCAUUCCCCAGUGUCCAGUCCCGCGCACGCAAUGAUGAGUCCUCAGCCGAGCUACGGCAAUCGACAGGAGUUCCACUACCCCAGCGCGCCCGAACGGCACGCUUACGCUAGCCAGCAACAACAUCAACCGGCUGCAGUUUACCAGAGCCCUCCCCAUCAACCUCAGUACUCCAACUCAUUGUACUAUCAGCAGAGGUCCAACCAAGUAGCUGCUCCUAAUCAAGCAUACGGACAACCGAAUUAUAAUACUCAAAGUCAAUACAAUAGCCCAAAUAUGUAUCCAAAUACAAACCAGCACUCUGGCAGUGCAAAUUAUAACGUUGUCCAAAGUCCUUAUCGACAGCCCGCUAAACCUGUGGAAAACAGUCAGUCGCCAUAUGGAAUGCCUAGUAAUCCACCGUUCCAAAUUUACCAAAGUCCUCAACCUCCUCAAAAUAACUACCGUAAUACUGUAGUACAAGACGCUAAUAUGGUACAAAAUACGUAUUCCGAAUCUCAAAUUAAACAAGAAACUUCCGAUUCUUCUAUGAAAAGUCAAGAGAGGAGUGAAGAAGACAAAUAUGUUAACAACAGUUCUAAUGUUCAGUCCAAGAAUCAAGCAUUAGAAAAAAGUCCUAAUAGUUCAGUAUUAAGAAACGUGAGGCACGACCAGCCAAAUGUAAAGCUCAGUCAGAAGUCGCCAGACAUUGGAUUUUCGAAUCAAUUUUUGAACUUCAUAUCCAACAGAAACGAACCCAAAGACAACGCGAAUACACCUAAAUUUACUAACAGUCCAAACAUAUCGCAGAAAAUGCAUAAAAAUUUGUAUGUAUCAAGUCCUGAACAGGCUCAAGUCCCGCCAUCAUCAGGUCUGUCUGAUACCGAUAGUAAAGACGGUAUGACGGCGCAGACCGCUACACCGAUUCAGUCUGCCAAAAUAUGUCAUUCUAUCGACAAAAAUAAAGACAUUUCUAAAAGACAUUUGGACUUUGAACAUAGGGCUGAGAUCCAAUCCGAAGACAGUCGGGAUUCUGUCGGCAAGGACAGUAGAAUCUCAUCGAUCUACUCGCGCCAGUCGGACUUCCAAUCCGACGGCUACGGGAUGGAUGUCGAUAGUGAAAACUCAAUGGAGUGUGCUGCUUUUAAAUGCACUCACUCAAUUUCUCUGGUAGAAACUAGUGACAUACCUAGGCCAGCCGAUAUUGAAUUCCCAAAAUUGAUUGAUCCGUUUAAUAAGAAGAUAUUAGCGUCAUUAUUAGAAUAUGUUAAGUUUCCUAAUAAAACCCAUGCAGAUGGCUAUGUAGAAGUAAGAUCUAUUCCAAAAAUACAGACUGGUACCGUAAUGAACGUAGGGCAUAACAAAUUUUCUAUAGAGAAGCAACUCGGCAAAGGAAAUUACGGAGCAGUAUUUUUAUCUUUGGACCUACAAAGCAAUAAGUCGGUUGCUGUAAAAUAUCAAAAACCGAGCCGACCGUGGGAGUUCUAUAUUUGUCAAGAAAUAAAAGCUAGAAUUAAGGACCCGUUCAUGCUUCCAGGUUACAUGGAUAUAACAACAGCCUUUCUGGGAGAAAAUGCGAGUUUAUUUGUAUCAGAAUAUUCUAAAUAUGGUUCUUUAUUGGAUGUCGCGAACAAAGUUAAAGUUGCCACUUCAAAAUGUAUAAACGAGUUUAUUGUCAUUUUAUUGACUUCAGAAAUGCUCUCAAUAGUUCACUACUUGCAUAAAGCGCAGAUCAUUCACGCUGAUAUUAAGCCGGACAACUUCCUAUUAAUGAAGAUCCCGACUCAGGAAUGGAGAACGCCAUCCUUACAAUUGAUAGAUUUAGGAUGUGCAAUAGAUAUGUCAUUGUUUCCUCAAGAAACUACGUUUAGAGAAUUAAUUGCUACAGAAGGAUUCACUUGUACAGAAAUGAGAGAAAACAAGCCUUGGACAUACCAAACCGAUCUGUACUGUCUUGCUGGUACAAUUUAUGUUAUCUUGAUGGGCAACUACAUGAAGGUAGCUUACCGUCUAGGACAGUGGAACAUAGAUAAAAAAUUACCAAGGUACAUGAAAAAUGUCUUGUGGGACAAAAUAUUUACCACUCUUCUAAACGUGCCUGAUUGUAACAACUUACCUGACCUCUUGGAACUUAAAUCUGAAGUUGACAGUGUCUUGAAUGAAAUAGACAGUCUCAGUUCACAGCUCCGUAACUUUGCGAAUGUGCUUAAAUCUAGGUAAAUCAAAGCCCAGCUGUAUUUAUUGCAUUUAGAUGUAUUGUAACUGUAAAAAAUCGUUUGUAUAAUAAUACUUAAGUUUUAUGAAUUUCAGUAGUCAUUUAACAAGUCUAAACAGCUCUGAAGGCUUGGACAGACUUGCGACGGAAACGUUUAGGCAUCGCGGCUCUUAGGUGUCUUUUUAACAUCUUCGUUUGUCUUUAAAUGCUUGUCAAAUAUUUUUUUUUGACCCAUUUGUCUAACAAUAUGACGUGUUUGAUGAAAUCCUGAUUGACGGCGUUUUUGACAAACUUUGAUGGCUUGCGGGCGUUUGACGAAAAAUCGCAAUCGUUACGGAUCUGUGAUCUUUACAUCCAAAAAUGCUCUACAACUGUAUUUUUACUUAUUGUUAUAUCACACAAUAACGUCACGUCAAAUAAGAGCAAGUUUAACAUUUGUUUGAUGAAAAUGUGACCUUUGACAAACAAUGGUUAGCAUGUUAACGGCCGAAAUUAAUAAUAAGCAAUCUAUCUUUAAUCUGUCGAUAAGUAACUUAGCAACUUUGUUAUUUGUCAAAAAAGAUUAAGUAUAUAAUUCUUGACAAAUAACCACGUUGCUAAGAAACUUAUUGACAGAUUACAAAUAGAUAAGUUAUUAAUUUCGGCCGUAAGUUAGCUGUACUGCAUAAAUAAAGGGCGGAGGAGAUUGCUUUGUGCUACAGUGCAACUUCGCCACACGUGUUACAAGUCGUCUAUUUAUUCAGACCUCAGUGUGACAUUCUGUCACUAUCGCGCAUUGUCUGGCCAGGCUUUAAAAACCUAUAGAGUAUCCGAUUCAAUACUUAAAGGAUUUCUCGUUGUGUUUAAUUAAAAAUGUGAUAUGUAAUUUAGCUUUUUGUUAGUAAAACAUGGCUUAGAUACCUACUGUGUUAGCUUAAUGUUGAAACAACACUUGGUUUCAUUUAUUUUUGUACAACUUAUAAGACUUGCACUUCAUAUUUUUAUGUUUAAACUGUAAUUAAAAUAAAUAAUAAUUACUUGGUUA